AUGGUUCACGCCGUACCUCAGCCGCCUUCAUCAAGGCUGGCGACGCCACAGCCUCCCCUUGCCUCCAGUGGUGACCACAAGAGCAUCCCCGUAUCGUCGACAUCUCACCCCGAUAACCCUGUCCCCGAAGAGCCCCGUGGAGUUCGGGCACUGUCUGUAACCGAUAUCAAUUUCAGCAUCUCGUCACCAUCAUUGCGCGAUACCGAAUCCACCGGUUCCGAAUCACCAUCGCCUGCCCAGACGCCCGACACAGAGAUCUCGUCCGAUGCGGAAGAAUCAUUGAAGAAAUCCUCCGUCGAAGAUGGCUCCGAGAAGCCCCGUCGGGCCUCCACUGUUCUGAUCUCUCAGAACUCUGAGGAUAUGAGAAGAAUUUUGGAGAAUGUCGGCGUUGCUGGCACUCAAAAGCUCCAGCCUCUGUGCUGUGGUGGUGGUUGCUGUCGCAGCCAGCCUUUGGUCAACAUUCCUACGCCAUCGGUUGGAGCCAAUGUCGUCACUCCUCCGCACAACAAGGCCUAUGAGAGCCUCAAGCUCAAUGUCGCUUACCUCACCUUGGACAGCGAAUUGACGAACCUUGUGCCUCUACCAGAGAAGACGGUCUCUUUUUCUGCAAUCCCGAAAUCGGCAGUGGAUCUGCAGCUGGGUUCUGCAAAGCACCCGCCUCCUUUUGUCCAACCUCAUCCCCCGUAUGACGUCUUCCGUGCGCCUUUGCACCAUGCCCGAGAAUUGACCAAGUCCGGUGCCGAGAAGCGUACAUAUCAUUUUGACAUUGACGUAACAGACUACCCUGCCGAGAGUGGUAGCGUCGAUUUCGUCGUGGGUGGCGCCAUCGGAGUAUGCCCCAAGAACAAGGAUGAGGAGGUCGAUGAUAUCUUCAACCUACUGGGCGUGCCCAAGUCGAUUCGUGACAAGAAGAUCACCGUGCGCACCACGAAGGGUCGGUGGCCCACGAUCUGGGGAGACGAUCAACCUCGGGAGCUAAUCACCACCCGGCGGGAAUUGCUGAACUGGUGCUCAGACAUUCAGAGCUAUGCACCCACCAAGGGUCUAUUCCGACUGCUCGCCGAGUAUGCCAGUGAACCAAAUGAGAAGAAGAUCCUUUCGUUCCUCGCCUCCGCUCAGGGACAAGGUGCCUUCUGUGACCUGCGUACUAGCUCGCACAUCACCGUCUCUCAGCUGUUGCACGCUUUUCCCUCAUCUCAACCUCCCCUGGAUCAUCUUCUCUCUGUCUUGAAUACCCUCAUGCCUAGGUUCUACUCCCUUUCUCAGGACCCGCUUCUCUCAUGCAAGGAUAAGGGUACCCAAACCCGUCGGUUGGUCGAGGUGGCGGUGACUGUUGCCGAAUCGGACGAUUGGAAGGGAGGCAUGCGCACGGGCGUUGGGUCUGGAUUCCUCGAGCAGCUCGCACGCCAAGUGAUCGAGGCGGAGAAGAAGGGCAUUGACCCUUCCACUCUUGACCUCCAUGUCCCUAUGUUCCGCGGCUUGAUGGCCAACCCGCUGGCCAAGCAAUUUACUUCCGACGGCCCUAUGCUCUUGAUUGGUGCCGGUGUUGGCAUCGCUCCCUUCCGCGGUUUUGUACAGCGACGCCUCCAGUCGGCCAACUGCGCUAACAAGGUCUGGGUCCUGCAGGGCGUCCGUGACUCCCUCUUGGACGAGCUCUACCGGGGCGAAUGGGGCGUUGAUGAGGAGAAGGUGCGCACGGUAGUGCAAAGCCGCCGUGGGGAGAGCAAGUAUGUUCAGGAAGAGGUGCGCCAUCAAGCUGAUCUGGUCUGGUUUGUCAUCAAUGCUCUGGACGGCCGUGUCUUCGUCUGCGGUAGCGGUAAGGGGAUGGGCGAGGGCGUUGAGGACGCUCUCGUCGAUGUUGCCAUGGCCAAGGGCAAUUUGAAUAUGGAGGAAGCGAAACAGUUCUGGGCGAACAAGAAGGAAGCCGGACAGUACAUUGCCGAAACCUGGUAA